AUGGAGCAGACAUCCCCCAGAGGGCCUUCCUCUCCAGCAGCACGAGAACCAAGUCUCAAUCUCCCUUCAACCACCGAUCCCCCUGGUCCCCAGAACCCCGCCAAACCCCUCGUAUGGCUGAUCUUUGGCGCAACAGGGCACAUGGGUCGUUCCCUCGUCAAAACCGCCCUCGCCCAUAACGACCUAGUAGCAGCCGUGGGACGAACAUACGAGAAUAGCCCAGCCGCAAUGAAAGAGCUAGAAUCCGCCAACUGCAUCGGACUACUAUGCGACGUACGGGCGCGCGAGACCGUAAAACGCGUCAUCGACCAAACAAUCGCACGGUUCGGACGUAUCGACAUAAUCGCCAAUUGCUCCGGGUACGGCGUCAUCGGCGCAUGCGAAGACCAGGACGAAUUCGACAUCCGCAAUCAAUUCGAGACAAACUUCACCGGUACGCUGAACAUGAUCCAACUAUCGCUGCCGCACUUCCGCCAGCGUCGCGCGGGCCGCUACCUCAUCUUCAGCUCGACAUCCGGUGCGCUCGGCGUGCCGGGGCUGGGUCCUUACUGUGCCUCCAAAUAUGCGGUCGAAGGAUUGAUGGAGAGUAUGUUGUACGAGGUGGAUAGCUUCAAUAUCAAGGGCACGCUGGUGGAGCCGGGUCAUAUGCGUCGCGACGAUGUUGGGGAUUUGGUCUCGCCUGUCCCGACGAACCCGUCCGAGCACCAUCUUUCCGCGCCGCUGCCGCUGUACGGCCAUUUUCUGGUCAAGCCGCCCAGUGAGCCGUAUAAUACCACUACGUCACCAGCGGCGCAUGCGCGGCGGAUGUUGAUGUGGCUGGGUGAUAAGCAGCCUGCUAGUGCUGUCAAGGCGGCGCAUUUGGUAUGGCAGCUUGGCCAUUGCUCUUAUCCACCUCUGCGACUGAUCCUGGGCACGUAUGCGGUGGAAAGUAUACGGGAUCGGCUGAAGUGUAUCAUUGAGGAGAUUGAGGAUUGGAAAUACCUCAGUUUCCCGAUGGGGGAGACGCAGCCAGCGGCUGGGAAUGGGCGGGAUCGGUCUUCUUUCCCCGAGAAUGGGAGUGAAAGGGGCAACGGAUGA